AUGCUUAAACCACAUAAUUUUCGGGAAUUUUUUGUAUUAGUUGAUAAUCCAAUUAAUAAAACAAAUACAAAAGCAGUGUAUAAGUUUUGUGCACUUAAAAAUGGUGGAAUUCAAGCAGCAGCAUCAAAAUCUGAGUGUUUUACAACAAAUAAAGGCAAUUUGUCCAAAGAUAAGCAAAAAACCUUAAAUAAAGGUAAAAUGUAA